CGGGUUCGAGCCUGCGUCCCGACCCGGUUUCCUCCACCCUGCUCUCCCCUCUCCACUUCCUUUGUCUUGGCGGACUGAUGUCUGUCGUUUCGCGUAGAUAAAACCAAGCGGAGCCAUUGAACCUUCAGCGGGUGUGCAUCUUCACGAGUAGCUGCGAAGCUCUAAGGAGUUCAGUCUUCCUAGAGUCUCUCCUGUGCAGCACAUUCGCUCGAGCUUCGAGCCGUCGUCGUUCGUGCUAGUCACUUCUAAGCUUUCGAGAUGGCGGCACUUGCUCAGUCUGCUGCUGUGGCAGCUAUUUCCAGCGCCCCGGUUGCCUCCGGCGCUGUUGCUACCUCCAGCAGCAAGGCUCAGAGCAAUUCCUUUGCCUUCAAUGGCCUCAAGAGCGCAUCCACCUCUCUGCAGGUUGCCCAGCCCAGCGAGUGGUCCUCCAAGACCGUCUCCAACAGCACCCGCGUGGAGCUACACGACUCUUUCUCAGUGCCGGAGCAUCUUCAGCUCCUCAGGGUGUGGAACCCCUACAACAACAAGAAGUUUGAGACGCUGUCCUACCUCCCUCCUCUGAGUGACACGGAGAUUGCCAAGCAGAUCCAGUACCUGAUCAACAACGGCUGGAUCCCCACCAUCGAGUUCGACCAGGCUGGUGAUAUCACCCGCACCAACGGGUCAUGGCCCACCUACUACGACGGGAGGUACUGGACCAUGUGGAAGCUCCCCAUGUUUGGCUGCAAUGACCCCUCUCAGGUCCUGGCGGAGAUCCAGCAGUGCAAGACAGAAUACCCCAACGUUUACAUCCGUGUCAUCGGAUUCGACAACGUGCGCCAGGUGCAGUGCGCGAGCUUCAUCGUGCACAAGCCAUAGAAAGAUCGAGAGAGAGAGAGAGAGAGAGAGAGAGAGAGAGAGAGAGAGAGAGAGAGAGAGAGAGAGAGAGAGAGGGACAGAGAGAAACGGAGAGGUAUAGGCCCUUGCUUAUGGCUGCAGGGCAGGUCAUCUAGCUAGCUCGUGUGGUCUCUUUCGGCUUGGCUUGGUUCGAACCCACGUAGCACGUGCUGUCUAGAUGUGUAUAAGAGACAGGUAUAGGCCCUUGCUUAUGGUUGCAGGGCAGGUCAUCUAGCUAGCUCGUGUGGUCUCUUUCGGCUUGGCUUGGUUCGAACCCACGUAGCACGUGCUGUCGAUUUCGGAGUAGGUCAUGUGAUUGCUCAGUGCGUCGGCUGGGUGGCUGACCGGUGCUGCUUGGUUGGGCCCUGGCCUAGCUGCGCUAGCACCGUCCGGUACGUGGCUUGUCGUCGGACUGGCGAGAAUCACAGUUCGAGAAGUCCCGGGAUGAUCUAUUCUUGGGAUCAAUUGCAAGUGUGAGUGCGUUUAUCUCAACGUAAAUUAUUAUUAUUUUUUUGAUUGGCCGUUUGUUUGGCGAGGAGCAAGAAGCAGGAGAGCGGGCAACUUUCUGGUCUAGUUUGUCCUCCUCCUUUUUCGUCGCAAUCAUUGCUCUGCUUCUGUCAGUGGAAUUUGGAAUUGGAUGGAUACGAAGAAAAAGAGCUUUAAAAGUGUGAAGGAAGAAACUGGCUGAAACUGAAAUUUAAAGGGUUCGCUGGAAUUCUCUUUUUCUCGCUGCGUAGCAUUUUCUGAACUUUUCUCUCAUCCGGAGUUUGAUUGGUUGUCGAGGCUUUGACUACAUUACCUAUGUCGGAGAAGCAAAGACAACGACGAAGAACACAAUGAAUAAAACAUGAAGGUCAAUGCCAAGAUGAAGAUGAAGAUGAAGAUAAAGAUGAAGAUGAAGAUGACGGUGAAGGUGAAUGUCGAGAUGAAGAUGGAAGAGUAGGAUAAGAUCUCCUGUCUGGUACAUUAAGACAGUGCUAUUGUAGAACAGCGUUCCGCGUCAAUUCAAUCAAUAUAUGUGGGCAUUGGCGGUCAAUUUUAUAGCGUGAGCUUUUUCCAAGCGAGCUGAGGGAAUUCUUUCGGCCCACUUUCCAGGGCUCCCUAAGUAUGUUUUCAAGUUUCAACUUUUCAAUGAAGUUUUCAAGACGGUGCUCGUAUCCUUGAUCGGUCGUUGUUCAACAUCCCCACCCUUCAUUAUGCGUGGAUGUGCCGUAGACUGGAGCCAUCUUUCUUAAUUGGGGCAGGCGCCGCUUAUGAAGGAUGCUCCUAUCACCUUCGGAAGUGGAGGCUCCCUCAUAAGGGAGUGGGGGCUUCAAAAAAGAAAGUGUGGAUGUGCUUUUGCUGUCUACUGCCCUAUCCCUUGCCUCCAUUCCUCGUUACGGAGCUUGCUGUUUCUUUUGGGGGUCCCGAAACUUUCAAAC